GUAUGACCACGUGACGUUUUGUUGACGGUAGAAGAAGGAGAAAGAUGGCGGCCCGCUGGAGCAGUGAGAAUGUGGUGGUGGAGUUCCGGGAUGCUCAGGCCACCGCCAUGUCAGUGGACUGCCUGGGUUCACAUGCUGUACUCUCCGGGAGACGCUUCCUGUACUUGGUGAACCUGGAGGCUCCGUCUGAACCUCCGAGGAAGAUCAGCCGACAGAGUAAAUGGGACGUGGGGACGGUUCAGUGGAACCCUCACCGCUCAGAGUCGCACGUCUUCGCUGCCUCGAGUAACCAGCGUGUGGAUCUGUACUCGUGGAGGGAAGGCUGCGGAGAGGUUCACACCUCGCUGCAGGCGCACACUCGAGUCAUCAGUGAUCUGGACUGGUCCUGGUUUGAACCUGAGUUCCUGGUCACCAGCUCAGUGGACACCUACAUCUACAUCUGGGACACCAGAGACACCCGUAAACCCACCGUGGCUCUCUCUGCCGUGGCUGGAGCGUCUCAGGUGAAGUGGAACAGGAAGAACCAGUACCUGUUAGCGUCCAGUCAUGAUGGAGACGUUCGGAUCUGGGAUAAAAGAAAGCCGAACACGGCGGUGGAGUAUGUGGCGGCUCACCUGUCCAAGAUCCACGGCCUCGACUGGCAUCCUGACAACGAGUUCAUCUUCGCUACAUCGAGCCAGGACAACUCAGUGAGGUUUUGGGAUUACCGACAGCCCAGGAAGUAUCUGAACAUCCUGUCCUGCCAGGUGCCGGUGUGGAAGGCCAGGUACACGCCCUUCUCUAACGGUCUGGUCACAGUGAUGGUUCCUCAGCUGAGGAGAGAGAACAGUCUGUUGCUGUGGAGCACACUCGACCUCAACAACCCCGUCCACGCCUUCGUGGGACACGACGACGUGGUGCUCGAGUUCCAGUGGAGGCCGCAGAAAGAAGGCUCAAAGGAUUACCAGCUGGUCACCUGGUCCAGAGACCAGACUCUGAGGAUCUGGAGGGUGGACCCUCAGCUGCAGAAGGUCAGUGUGCCACCUCAGAGAGAUCUCUCAUCGUUCUCUAUGUUUCAUCAGCCUGAUGUCUGUGUUUUUGUUGUUGUUGUUGUGCAGCUGUGUGUCAGUGACGUGGAGGACCUGAUGGAGGGGAUGUCUCUCACCGUGGAGUCGGAGAAGUCUCUGUCGUCUCAUGAGCCUGAGAGUCAGCACGGGGUCGGCCUGUCUGCUGACAACCUGCAGGAUCCAGACUCUGGAGGUCGUCCGGACUCGGUGGGGGGAUCAGGUCUGACUCAGACUCUGCAGCAGGAGUUCUCUCUGGUCAACUUGCAGAUCAGGAACGUCAAUGUGGAGAUGGACGCGUUGAACCGCAGCUGUGUGGUGUCGGCUCACUUCGGCAGCCAUCAGGUUCACCUGGUUGUGAAGUUUCCCGCUCAGUAUCCCAACAACGCUGCUCCAACCUUCCAGUUCGUCUCACCGACAACCAUCUCCUCCGCCAUGAAGGUCAAGAUCCAGAAGAUUCUGACCGACACGUCUCUGCAGAAGGUGAAGAGAAACCAGAACUGUCUGGAGCCGUGCGUCCGGCAGCUGGUGUCCUGUCUGGAGUCAGACAUGACGCAGGAGGAUGGUCCAGCUUCCGGCCCCUUCGUCCUGUCCAACCCCGUCACUCCGGCCCUGCAGGCGUUCCCCCGAGUCACCAACACGUACGGCUCCUAUCAGGACGCCAACAUCCCCUUCCCGAGGACAUCAGGUGCUCGUUUCUGUGGCACUGGCUGCCUUGUUUACUUCACCCGACCAAUCACGAUGCACCGCUCAGUCCCGCCCACUGAACCCACUCCCAGGUCCCUGUCAGCUCUGUCGGCCUAUCACAGCGGAGUGCUGACCCCGAUGAAGAUGCGUUCAGAGUCUCAGAGCACUCUGCGGUUGUACAGCGGCAGCCCGACUCGCUCGGACAAAGACACCGUCUCCAUCUCCUCCUUCUACUACAAAGAACGGAAAUCCCGGCGGUUCAAGACGAAGCGAGAGGGAUCAGACUACGGGAACCGUCCCAUCAAACUGGCCGGGAAGGUCAUCAUCCAGGAGAUCUCAUGUCUGCUGCCCGUCCACAAGGCUCUGGGAGAGAGCUACAUUCUCAACAUGAACGACAUCCAGGAAACAUGCCAGAAGAACGCAGCGGCGGCACUCACAGUCGGACGCAGAGAUGUAGCAAAGGUGUGGGCUUUAGCGUCUGCAGCAACAAACCAAGACCUGAGUCCAGACUCAGACCCAGACACAGAGACCCCCUGGGCCAGACACCCGUUUGGACGUCAGCUGCUGGAGACCCUGUUGGAUCACUACAGUCACAUGAGCGACGUCCAGACUCUGGCCAUGCUGUGCAGCGUGUUCAGAGCUCAGGCGUCUCCUGCAGACUGUUACUCUCUGUUCGGAAAUAAUCCAUCACGCUCCUCCAUGUUCCCUCCACACCACUCGAGAUAUCCCAGCUACACGUCCAGCUCCGUCACUUCAGGUUCAUGCUCCAGCACCUCGGACUCCAUCACGACCACCAACUGGAACACAGGAAGAGACUCUGAGCACGCCAACCCUUGGGGGGAGUCUUCCCCUGACGACUACCGCUACGGGAACCAAGGUUACACGGAUCCUCGGGAGCGAGAGCGGGAGCAGCACGACAUGAACAAGAGGCUGCUGGACCCGGCCAACAUGCUGCAGUUUGAUGACUUUAAGAAGUGUUACGGUGAGAUCCUGUACCGCUGGGGUCUGAGGGAGAAGAGAGCAGACGUGCUGAAGUUCGCCUCCUGUCCUCCUGAACCUCACAGAGGCAUCGAGUUUGGCGUGUUCUGCUGUCACUGUCGAAACCCGGCUCGAGGAACUCAGUGCGCCGUCUGCAAACGUCUGGCCUUCCAGUGUGCCAUCUGUCACGUGGCCGUACGCGGCUCCUCCAACUUCUGCCUGAGCUGCGGUCACGGAGGACACACCAGUCACAUGAUGGACUGGUUCAGGCGGCAGGACGAGUGUCCGGCGGGCUGCGGCUGCCACUGUCUGCUGCAGAGCACCUUCUGAUGCAGCCGGGAAGCUCUGCUGAAGACAAUCAACGCAGCUCAGGAGAGAGGAGAGGACUGAGGCACAGAUUCAACUCCUCCUGAUCACAGAGGAGGAGCAGCUUCAGGAUGAUCAUGGCACUUUGAGGUUGAACCCUCCUGACCUCUUCUCAGAACUGAAUUAGAACCUGAAACAACCAGAACCUGAAGUCCAGACUGUCAUGACAUUCAUGCUGCUACCUUCUUCUUGCAACGUCCGAGGAGAAAUGUAGAAUGUUGAAGCCGCAGUGAGGUUACCCGUGUCUCUCAGGACAGGAAGUAGUUGCACCAUCACAGGUCAGGGUGCGGCAGCUGAGGUUGAGGGUUAGAUUUCCUGCAGACCAUAAGUUCUUCAUCACUAACCUGACUCCGACUCUAGCUGCUGUCCUCAAUGUUUGACACUAACGAUCAUGUUUCUGUCCUUUACGUCGCAUCGAGUCUGAAAAGUGCUGGAGAAGCUUGAACCAGUGAUGUCAUUCAUUAACAAACUAGUUUAUUGAUCUAGAAGUUUCUCAGCCUGUGAAAAGACACGAGUACAUGAAGGGGGUCUGUGGUUACUUCACAGGGGGACACAUCGGUGCUAGCAACUACGUCAUUGUUUGUAACAACAGCUGGAAAGUGAAGCGUCUGUCUUUAGUUCAGUGUGUUUUCAUUGUCUUCAUAUUCAAAGAGGCCUUACAUAAAUAACUCAACGCUGGACACAUUUCAUCACUUGACUGUUUUUAAAUGUGAAACACAGAGAGGAAACUCUGAAUGCAGAAAAUGAAGGAUGUGUGAAGAUUGAACUAAAUGUACCUGAUGUGAAAUAAUACUGAUUAAAGUAUGUUUGAAAGUGUUA